GUGUUCAUUUACAGGUUAUCGUGAUGCUAAGCCGGUAGUUAGCUAAGCUAACCGACUACAUUAAGAGAAACCCGGUCUCACACCGUUCGGGCGCCUCAUUUCUUUUGCAGAACAGACUGUCUGUUAUUGACCUGACUUCCGGCUUGGUUCGGCUACGAUGUCCUGCAGCGGUAAAUCUCUGUGGUUUUUACUGCGGCGGUGUGUCGCAGUCAGACAGCUAACGGUACCGACAGCUUCACGCAUCUGCGGCUUCACUCAGCAGCGAACUUUGACUUCGGCGGCCCGGACAGCCUGUCUCCAGAGACUGUGCGAGCUGCAGCCCGCAGUUAGAAGCAGCCAGAGCCGCUUCUGUACUAAGACAGGAGGAACCUAUGAGGAUGACUACCCACCUCUGCCGGCCUAUCAUCCUGAAUCAGAACCAGAGUCCAGGGAGGUUUACAUUGUGCAGGUGAAAGGUCUCCCAUGGUCCUGCACCACUCAGGACCUUCUGCAGUUCUUCUCAGAGUGUAGGAUACGUGAUGGGGUGAAAGGCAUCCACUUGACUUUGGACAGGCUGGGGAGGCCGUCAGGACGAGCCUUCAUCGAGAUGGAGCACGAGGAGGACGUCAGCAAAGCACUGGAGAAGCACCGGCAGUACCUCGGCCCACGAUACGUUGAAGUGUAUGAAGUGACAAACGGUGACGCUGAAGUCAUCCUGAAGAAAGCCACCCAGCCUCUAGGAGCUGAUGGCGUGGUGCUGCUCAGAGGGCUCCCCUUCACUUGCACUGAGGAUGACAUUGUCCACUUCUUUUCAGGUUUGGAGAUAAUGGCGAACGGGAUCACCAUGGUCACAGACUCCAGGGGAAGAAAGUCUGGAGUGGCUUAUGUGCAGUUCACGUCUCAGGAAGCAGCUGAUGAAGCGCUGCAGAGAGACCGAGAGAUCAUAGGGAGCAGAUACAUCGAGGUGUUUCCCAGCAGAAGAGAUGAGAUUCACUCGACCUGGAGGAAGAGAACGAGUCCAUUUCCGCCUCAGUCAGUGGACAGGAGGAGUGUCCCUGAAAACAGAUCACCUGCUUCGCCUCCUCCGUCACUUCACCUUCAGAGCUCCACCGUACCGCUACACUACAUCCACGUGAGGGGACUUCCUUUCCAGGCUUCUGGGGAAGACAUAGUGAAGUUCUUCUAUCCUCUGGCCGUGUGUAAGAUCCUGAUUGAAUGCGGUCCCGACGGCAGGCCGAGCGGAGAGGCUGACGUUUACUUCCACUGCCACAGAGACGCCGUGGCCGCCAUGUCCAAAGACAGGAUGAACAUAGGCGAGCGAUACAUCGAGUUAUUUCUCAACUCUGUUGCAGACGGUGAUGGCAGGUGAACGUUGACACACAGGAUUCCCGUAUCUAUUUUCCAGCCUGACGUGGACAUCGAAUAAACAUUCCUGGUGUCAAAGACAAAGCAGUCCGUCUUUAUUUAAUCAAAUGUAAUAUUCCUGUAAUGCUUUUUUUGAUUUUAUUCUGGAGGUUUGCAUCUCCACUUUAAAAUGAAAGAAAGAGGCGAACACUUGUAAAUGCUCAUGUUUAUUGUAAGCCAAGAAGCUGU